CUGAAAACAUCGGCAGUGUUUCUGUUUUCGCGCUGCUUGUUGUGUGACUGCACGGCGGGUCGCUCCGCUCGUCUGUUCGUGUUUCUGUGGGGUGUGUGAAAGGCUAGGAGCGGUUCUCGCUGCUACUCUCUCAGCUCAACGGCUGUGCCGUUCACCCUCGUGUGACUUUAUUGUGAAGUAACAGCAAUCCUCUGGCGAUCUCAGAGGACAUGGCAGCUGUGACCGUGGCUGAAGCGGACCCAGCAGAGACCGACGGAGCUGCCGCCGCCGCCGCCUUUACGGAUCUACGCGACCCAGGCUGGAAUGAAUCGCAGCUCCGGCAAUAUACUUUUCCAACCCGACAGAUACCGCGACUGUCUCAUACUGAUCCGCGUGCGGAGGUCCUCAUCAAUAACGAGGAGCCUGUUGUAUUAACAGAUACCAGUUUAGUAUAUCCAGCUCUAAAAUGGGACAUACCCUACUUGCAAGAGAACAUUGGAAAUGGGGACUUCUCUGUUUACAUAGCAGAAAACCACAAAUUCUUGUAUUAUGAUGAGAAGAAGAUGACAAACUUUCAGGACUUUGUGCCCAAAUCUCGUCGAAUAGAGAUGAAAUUUUCUGAGUUUGUGGAGAAGAUGCAUCAAACAGAGGAACAAGGUGGAAAAGAUAGAGUGUACUUGCAACAAACUCUGAAUGAUACAGUAGGCCAAAAAAUAGUGGUGGAUUUCCUUGGAUUCAAUUGGAACUGGAUUAAUAAACAGCAAGCUAAACGAAACUGGGGACCGCUGACCUCAAAUUUGCUGCUCAUAGGCAUGGAAGGCAAUGUGACACCAGCACACUAUGAUGAGCAGCAGAAUUUCUUUGCACAAAUCAAAGGACAUAAGAGAUGCAUCCUCUUUCCUCCGGAUCAGUUUGACUGCCUCUAUCCUUACCCAGUUCAUCAUCCAUGUGACAGACAGAGUCAGGUUGAUUUUGAGAAUCCCGAUUAUGACAAGUUUCCUAAUUUCAAAAAUGCUGUUGGAUAUGAGGCUGUUGUGGGACCAGGUGAUAUCUUAUACAUCCCAAUGUACUGGUGGCAUCACAUUGAGUCCCUGUUAAAUGGAGGAGUGACCAUCACAGUAAACUUCUGGUACAAGGGGGCACCAACUCCAAAGAGGAUAGAGUACCCAUUGAAAGCUCAUCAGAAGGUGGCCAUUAUGAGGAACAUAGAGAAGAUGUUGGGAGAGGCCUUGGGGGACCCGCACGAGGUUGGUCCAUUGCUGAACAUGAUGAUCAAAGGCAGAUAUGACCAUGGACUGAGUUAAUGGCCUGAGCUGAACCCUCUUUAGUGUGCUGCUAAGACGGUCUGUUCAUAUGUAUGUGUGGAUAUGAGUAUAUGCCUUUGUGUACAUUCAGACUGUUGAAAUGCCAGUGCAUGGCAGUAUAAAGACUUUUGCCUUUUGUCUGCUUUCAUUUACUGGACCCAUUAUAGCUAGUUCUAUAUUGGUAUAAGGAGAAAACCACUGGUGAGGAAUCUUGAGUUGAUCUCUCCUUAAAAAAGUCCUUAAAUUCACAUGUGUGCUGCAUUAUGUGCUAAAAAAUAGACAAAUGCAUUAGCAGAGCCUGUAAAGCACUUUUACACCACCCAGAGCGCCUGUUGUCAGGUUUUGUCCCAUGUUGGGACAAAGAAGGUGCCAUAUGUCAUGAUUAAACUCCUGUGGUUCAGAGUCCGUGCAGUGAAACUGGCAGAGUGCCUCGAAGUUAUAUCCACAAAGGAGGAUGAUUUACAACUUGAAACCUACCUUCGGCUCAUUGACAGUUUUAAAGUGUUGAUACUAUCAUGAUUCAAUGUUUUUUGUGUUUGCUUUUGAAUUCAAUCUCAUGGGUUAACAGUGUUUCUGUUAGCAUAGAAGUAAUGCAGAAUACAAUGGUCAGCCACAGUAUGUUUUUAAAACAAAGGAUGUCUUAUCCUUUUGUAGGCGACUCACUGAAUUAAAAUUUCCAUAUAUGCAUUUGUAAUUAUUUCUUCUUUUUUUUUUUUUAGCUAUGUGUACAUUAAUUCAAAUGUUUUUAGUUUCUUGGUGUUAUAUUUUACAGUGUAACAUUAUAUGGUACCAUUUCUGUAAGGACUGUAAUUCAGAACAAACUACACUUAACUGUCUCCAUGAAUUGAAAGGAAAUAAAAGAUUUCGAAUGGUUUGGUCUAACUUUA